AUGGCCAUGGCCACGGCUUCAAACGCAUAUACUUCAAGCUUCUUCACCCCCUUAAUAACGGGGGACAUUGAUUUUGCUUAUGGGUAUGUUUUCGCCGGCUGCCUCUUGGCUGCUGUGCUCGUAGUCUACUUCUUUGUCCUCGAGGCCAAAAGAAAGACGCUCGAAGAGAUGGACAUGAUGUACGGGAUGCGCGUGUCUCCCGGGGCGGCCCGUGAUCUUGCCAACGGGGACGAGUCGAGCAAGACGGGCCAGGUGCCAGCACAUCAGGCUCAGCACAUUGACCAGGAUGAUGCUGAUGUUGGGCCCAUAGCGUAG